AUGGAAAAUGGUCCUAUUCCAUGUUCCCCCGCCUCACCACAUCUUCCCCCGCCUCACCACAUCUUCCCCCGCCUCACCACAUCUUCCCCCGCCUCACCACAUCUUCCCCCGCCUCACCACAUCUUCCCCCGCCUCACCACAUCUUCCCCCGCCUCACCACAUCUUCCCCCGCCUCACCACAUCUUCCCCCGCCUCACCACAUCUUCCCCCGCCUCACCACAUCUUCCCCCGCCUCACCACAUCUUCCCCCGCCUCACCACAUCUUCCCCCGCCUCACCACAUCUUCCCCCGCCUCACCACAUCUUCCCCCGCCUCACCACAUCUUCCCCCGCCUCACCACAUCUUCCCCCGCCUCACCACAUCUUCCCCCGCCUCACCACAUCUUCCCCCGCCUCACCACAUCUUCCCCCGCCUCACCACAUCUUCCCCCGCCUCACCACAUCUUCCCCCGCCUCACCACAUCUUCCCCCGCCUCACCACAGGUGUGUGAGCUUGGAUGGCGAUGCAGACCGCCUCGUUUACUUCUUCCACUCUCCACCCUCACCCACCACCACCACCACCACCACCACCACUGCCACUGCCACAGCGUCACAACCCGCCUGCACCCCUGACUCUGCUCCGCCUACCUUCCACCUGCUAGACGGGGACAAGAUCGCAGUGCUCUUCACCUCCUUCCUCCUGGGGUGUGCGGCGGCAGUGGCGCGCACGGGAGUGAAGCACGUGCAUGCGGUGGCGGAGCAGUGGGACGUGGGCGUGUACUUUGAGGCCAACGGGCAUGGCACGGUGCUGUUUGCGGAGGAGCUUCUGGCGUGGCUGCAGGCGCAGACUGAGAAGGGACUGCCGGAGGGAUCGGGUGAGUUGGAGAAUGCAGUGUGGUGUGAGAGUGUGGUGUGGGAGUGCGGCAGCGUGCAUGCUGUUUUGUUGGUGGGGGAAGGGAAUACGGUGGAAGGGCUGGUCGUGCUGCGCUGGAAGCUGCAGGGCACAUGGCUACAAGGGGAUGAGCACUCACUACAGCGCCUAACAGCGCUGAGUGCGCUGUGCAACCAGGCAGUGCGGGACGCCCUGGCGAGUACUGAGCCGCCUAAGAACUCCUUGAAUCUCCCUCUCCCAUUUCCCUUCCACUCUUCCCCUCUCCCCCACCCAGCCCUGCAGCGCCUGGCAGCACUGAGCAUGCUGUGCAACCAGGCGGUGGGGGACGCCCUGGCCAGUUCCCUGCAGCGACUGGCAGCGCUGAGCAUGCUGUGCAACCAGGCGGUGGGGGACGCCCUGGCGAACGUGCUGGCAGUGGAGGCGGUGCUGCGCUGCCACGGCUGGUCGCACCAUGAGUGGAGCCGCAUGUACCACGACCUGCCCUCGCGCCAACUCAAGGUGCGAGUGGCAGAGCGCGGCAUGUUUGUGCCGUGUGGCGAUGACACCAGACUACUGGAACCCACUUCUCUGCAGGCCACCAUCGAUGCCGCUGUUGCGGGAGUGGCGGGAGGGCGAGCGUUUGUGCGGCCGUCAGGCACGGAGGACGUGGUGCGCGUGUAUGCAGAGGCCGCCACCCAGGAAGCCGCAGAUGCUCUUGCUCGCACCGGAAGCAGCGAUGGACACGCGGGCGUCGUCGGUGCCAUCACGGUGGCCAAUCCCCACAACUCCAUCCCCGUAACCAGCACUACUGGCAAUCCUGGUAUCAUGCCUGGCGGCGGCAGCCCCACCUCAGCCAACAACACUGCUGGGGUCCCUGGCGUGCCCUUCAACACCACUGGCUGGAUGCACCCUGGCGGCCCCAGCCCUCCCCCUCCUCCUUCCCCCCCUCCUUCUCCGCCUCCUUCUCCGCCUCCCUCUCCCCCUCCUCCUUCUCCCCCCCCUCCUUCCCCUCCUCCUUCCCCCCCUCCCCCUUCGCCUCCCCCUCCGUCUCCCCCUCCGCCUUCCCCUCCCCCUCCUUCCCCUCCUCCCCCUUCCCCUCCCCCUCCCUCUCCACCUCCGUCUCCCCCUCCGCCUUCCCCUCCCCCUCCCUCCCCGCCUCCUCCCCCUCCAUCCCCUCCCCCUUCCCCUCCUCCCUCCCCUCCGCCGCCUCCCCCACCGCCCGCACCGCGCAUCACCCCCACGGUCACCGUGGCACAGGAUGGUUCCGGGGACUUCCUCGCCGUGCAGGAUGCGAUUAAUGCGUACCCGGUGGGGUUCAAGGGGCGUUAUGUGGUGUUCAUCCGGCCGGGCUUGUACCGUGAGAAGGUGUUGGUCAACUCCACCUGCAAGAACGUCACCCUCCUGGGGCUCACUUCCGCAUCCACCAUCAUCUCCUGGAACGACAAUGCCACUGUCGGCACCUUCCAGUCCGCCACUGCUGCUGUGGAGGCGAGUGGCUUUGCGGCCAUCGGCAUUCGCUUUGAGAACACGGCGGGGAAGAUAGGGAACCAGUCAGUGGCGUUCAGGCAGACGGGCGACAACGCCGCUUUCUACGAGUGCGAGUUCCUCGGCUGGCAGGACACACUCUACACGCAUGGUGGGCGGCAGUACUACCGUAACUGCUACGUCAACGGGACGGUGGAUUUCGUCUUUGGCAACGGCGCGGCUGUGCUGGACAACUGCACGUUUGUCAUCCGCUCGCACUCCAAAGCGCCGCUCACGGCGUCGGGGCGAACCAACUACACGGAGAACACGGGCAUCGUGAUCCUCAACUCCGUCAUCAAGGGCGACCUUGUCAACAAGACGUACCUCGGCCGCCCCUGGAAGCCCUAUGCGCGAGUGGCUGUCAUCAACACCACAAUCAGCAACGUGAUUAAUACAACUGGCUGGCUGGACUGGAAUGGUGUAGUGUACAACACUACUACGUACAUCGAGCAAGGCAACAGUGGCCCCGGGUCGGUGGGGCCGCGCAUAGCGUGGGCACUGCCAGGCAUCGUGACUGACCCUGCCCUGGUCGCCAUGUACUACCCCAACAGCUUCCUCGCCCCCUUCUCCUCCAUCGCCAACCUCAUUCCCUUCCCCUGGCUCUAA